AUGAGCGUGGCGGUACCGGUAGUGGCAUCCAAGCAACUGCUGCCGCUGGUCGUUCAGUUCCAAGACGGAGUCUACUUUGAAGUCCGACCGCUUCUUCCUCACAUAUAUGCCAACAACUUUGACCUAUUUCCGUUCCACAGUUCGAGCAUCGGCUGCCACGGUGCUGUGCCUUCCGACGGCAACCUGGACGUCGAGUUGACUGCUUUUGACGUCGUGUUCUCUCCCUUCUUUGUCCAGCAUGGCCUGCAUGGUGUGGACAGACUCCUUGUGUGCGUUCCACGCUUGCGCAGUGUUUUGUUGGCACAUGCCUCUCGACUUGGCUUGGUCGACGUCCUUCGACGGUAUUGUCCUGAACACUGCACUUACUUCCAGCGCGCAACACUCAUGGAGCAAGCGGCGACUUUUGGUCAUCUCGCGGCGGUGGAGUUCUUGAUCGCAAACGGCCAUCCCUUUUGUUUGCUCGACGUCCCUGCCGCCCAAGGCCACCUCGACAUCGUCCAGCGCCUGCAUCACACGGAAGAAGUGUUUUGUACGCCAAAGGCGAUGGAUAUGGCAGCGAAAUGCGGACAUUUGAGUGUUGUGACGUUCUUGCACAUCCAUCGCGGGGAAGGGUGCACCGUGGCGGCGUUGGACGAAGCCGCAAAGGCAGGACACGACCAAAUCGUUCGGUUUUUGCUGGCGAAUCGGAAUGAAGGCUGUAGCCAAACACUCAUAGAUGACGUGGCAACCGCAGGGCACUUUGCCGUGCUUCGGAUAUUGCAUGACACAGGGAUGGCGUGCACGGCAGCUGCAAUGGACCGCGCGGCCGGCAAUGGCCAUUUGGAAAUCGUUCGCUUUUUGCACGACCAUCGUCAAGAGGGUUGUACGACCUCGGCCAUGGACAUGGCGGCGGAAAAUGGGUUUUUAGAGGUCGUCCAAUUCCUGCACACGUCUCGACGCGAAGGAUGUACGACAUACGCGAUGGACCGCGCCGCAAAGAAUGGGUUUCUAGAGAUCGUCCAGUUCCUCCACACAAAUCGAAGUGAAGGAUGCACGACCGACGCCAUCGAUUGGGCAGCUCGGAACAACCGAUGCGACGUGGUCUUGUAUUUGUGCGCCAACCGAUUCGAAGGGUUCACGCAGCGAGCAGUCGCCGACGCUCACACCAUGCGCCACGUCACUAUGGGAGCUGUAUUGGCUACCCACCACCAAUCCUUGAAUAGACCAACCACCCAAAGGAUCUCCUGGGUUUAGUUAUUGAUACCGAAAGUCAUUUCGCCCAUCCUCGUCACGGCCCUGAAGCACCAAACUUGCGCAAGACGUCCGUCUCAGCUAGAUCGUCGUGCCUUGUGGCUUGGCGCUAUAAGAUUAACUAACGCAUUACUCUAGAGUACUUCGAAGUACAUAACAAGUUCC